AUGCCGGGACAACGCGUGGAAGAAGAGAAGAGGCGGGAGCAGGGUCCACCACGCAUCCGCGCAAUGGUAGCAAUGCUAGCAGUGAUACGCCGAUUACCUACGAGCGCACACCGGCACACCUAUUACAUAAAUAUAUUCAUACAUAUUCUGUUUUCAUUACAGAUUCCGUUGGUGAUUGUGACUUCGCGACCAGUGCAAUACCACAAUGGAGAGGGAAAAGUUGAUUUCAAUGCGCCCAGCGAACACGCCGACCAGAGCAAAGACGACGAAGUGAUAUACGUGAGCAUUACGUCCUCGGUCGCAGUCGGUAGAGGCAAGGGCAAGCAGAGAGAAAUCCUAGAACAAGAGGAAGAUCUGAUCGCUCACGAGACUGCUUCUGUAACUCCCGCCAUAGCGACCAUCGAACCAACCACUCUCAGCAACGAAAGUCUCGAAGACCCCGCACAAUCCUUAGCAGGCGCCAACAUAGAGUUCAUCAAACAACUUCAUUCGAAAAAAGAAGCUCGAGGAACCCAUCAUCUAGAAGUCCACCCAUUUCAGUUGCAGAUCCAACAUCACAUAACGAAUGACACCAACGAACCCUCGAGUGCCGAAGUAAAACAAAUCACCGAUGACAUUCAGGAAGACAUAUCAAAUAUACCAUUAGGUAGAUCAGUAGCGCUCUCGCCGCCCUCGCAAAAUUAUAUUCAAGGCCUGUCACUCGGUGAAAGGGGGCAGGGUCCGAGAAUGACAACUGUCAAUUUUAAUAUACAGCACGACACACCCAAAACGAUUAAUUAUAACGAGCACAAACCGGCUCCAGCGUUUCCGGAGCAGCCUAUAUACAGCGAACAGCCGAAGAUAUACAGCCAGCCAGCGCAAAUUUACAGUGAACCCGCCAAGUUUUACAGCGAACCGGCAAAAGUGUACAGUGAGCCUGCGAAAGUUUACAGCGAGCCAGCCAAAGUGUAUAGCGAACCGGCGAAGAUAUACAGUGAACCCGCUAAAUUCUACAGUCCCCACGCGUCGCUGAAUCUGCCGCCGCAAGAAGCGCCGGUUCCUACUCCGUGGCAAGAGACACAAACACCUUCAUCCGCAGUAGUAGAUACCACGGCAAGCACGACGACUUUACAACCGGAGCAUGGGCCGGAAAAGAACUACGAAGUCGAUGAGAAAGACAGCGUAUUGACGGAUGGUCAAAGCCAUGGGGUCCAAGAAUCUGGUCAGGAGUGCAAAGACGACAGCUGUAAGGUGGGGUACGUGGUGGAGGGGCGGCAGUACCGCAAGUACCGCGUGGAGGAGCGCACGGCGGACGGGUUCAUCGUGGGCGAGUACGGCGUGGUGCGCAACGAGGACGGCGCGCUGCGCGGCGUGCGCUACACCGCCGAUGGCGACGCCAGCCCACGUCUCAUCUACGACGCACUCAUGAAGUUCCUGCAGCUCUAAUUACACAUUACCUACAACACUAAUUAGUCAACUUACAAAGAUCUACAGAGUACCACUGUUAACAGGGGCGUAUUUACCCUAGGGCCAAGGGGGCCAUGGCCCGGGGCGGCAGGCUCCGGGGGGCGGCGCAGGCCGCCGCUGCCUUUCAGUUGCUUUCAGUUUUGGGUGCCUCAGUGGCGCCCCAAUUUUUUUUGUGGUGUUACUGGUACUAGACAUGUUUUACUUGUCUUAUUCGUUGUCAACUUCCAGUAGACAUUACAAUUUUUACAGUACGUUUGCGCCCCUUUACCUUCUACCUUCUUUACCCACGUCGGAUUGUCGUGGAGUUCUCAUGAUGUCGCCCUAUGACGUCGCUCUUCACAUCGCCUUAAGGCCGCGGGCUCCAGUUAAUGCUUUUUAGCGCUGCAUGCUUGACGGCAUAAACGCCGUGAGCGUCGUAUAGGCGCCGGCCAUUGCGUCAGCAGCCGCUAUAUUGUGUACGACGUCCGUACCUCUGUGGCGCACAGCGUCCAGACGCUGUUGCCGACGUCAACCGGAAACCGAACACUAUAUUAAUAUAAGCUUAGAAAAUGUAAAAUUGAAAAAUACUUAGUUCGUUGAGUCGUUAUCACAGUGAACUCACAUUGGUCUUAAGCGCCGUAUAAAAGCUUUUGGCGCUUAAGGAUUCCCCACUUAUUUCGACGCGGAAUCGGCAAAAUCCGAUAGCAAAAAGCUUUAUGCCUGCGCAAUAAGAGCGAAAAAGUCCAUUCGGCUCGGCUCGCAUCGGCCGGCGCCUGCUUUUUCGCUCCUAUUGCGCGGACAUAAAGCUUUCUCCUAUCGGCUUUUGCUCAAUGCGCGUCGAUAUAUCUGGGGAGACCCUAAGUCCUUUAUGCCUAUUCACGCAUUUUGAAAAGUUUCCUAAAACUGGAUCGACAAAUUUUUUUAUUUUAUCAUAGAAUCUGGUCACAUAAUUUCACGAGAAUCGGUUAAGAUUUACGACCUGUAUAUAUAGAGGAAAACACCUGGACAUACGACAGCAAAAUGCCCGAGUUAAAACGGAGACCUUCGCUGACGCUUCGGCCAUAAUAAGAAUGGCGGACUAAAAGGUCAGGUUGCGAGUUGCGAGCCCUGAAAAGCUUAAAAGUGGCGCCUUCCAGAAGACCCGAAGCAUUCCAGCAUUUCCAGCAAGUUGCGCCUUCGCUUUAAUUUGAGCGAACGCCAAAGGUCGAGUAGCAGGAGAGCCGAGAUCACAUUACUUCCAAGCUCCAAGCCAAAGAGGAUAUAAUAAGAUAGAGCGGUACUGUCAUAGUAAAAUUUGUAAGCACUGACAAUUCACUGCCAUCUAUCGACAUAAUUUAAAACUAAAAAUGAAGAUUUAUAAAAAUACGAUAAAAUUUAUUUAAAUAUGGAUAAAUGAUUUUUUUAUUUGCAUUAAUUAUUUUUAUAUGAUUUUGACCCAUGUUCUUUAACGGAUAUGCGUUAAAAUUAUAAAAUAAUAACAAACAUAACCAUCAACGCCCUCUAUACCAGAGUAGGCCAAAGCUAGUGGCGCCAUUUGAUCGAGAAUCAAAUUUUCGUGAUUUUCGAGGCACGUUUUUUCCUUAGACUGUAUCCAUCUAUUGCGGAGUUAUAUCUAUUUUUGCUCCAAGCCAAAUUUUAACGCAUAUCAGUGAAAGAACAUGGGUCAAAAUCAUAAAAAUAAAUAAUGCAAAUAAAUAAAAUCAUUUAUCCAUAUUUAAAUACAUUUUAUCGUAUUUUUAUAAAUAUUUAUUUCUAGUUUUAAAGUGUGUCGACAGAUGGCAGUGAAUUUACUGGGGUUACAAAAUUUACUAUGACAGUACCGCUCUAGUAUAAGUUACUCUAUGCUCCAAGCUAAUUCCAAACUCUCCCCUCCUCCAGCUCGGUCUUCGGCCUUGCAUAGCUCGGCCUUUGGUGUCACGUGUCACUUUAACUUGGUCAUUGUUCCAAUCCCAACAUUGAUUUUUUCCCACAUCGACGCUUUGCACGGAAGAACGCCGCAAUUGGACGAUCCGGGACUUUAGCACUAUGCAGAGCUCGUCUACUUGGACACAGGUUUUUGUCCCAGCUCAGUUCCACUGAAGCUCGCCCUUUAAGUCUCUUGGGCACGCAGAAAAGAUUAAUCAUAUUCGUAGCCUUCAGCCUCCCUUAGACAUGACCAGUGUUUUAAGCUCUUUCUUCUGCAGUUAGGCCUUCAGCCUCACAGGGCAGCACACCGCAAUCGGACGCUCCAGGCCUCCAUCCUUAUGCAGAGCUCGGCCGUUGGCCUCGCUCACAAUUGGCUAUAGGUUCGAUUCCAAGCUCUGCAGAAAGGCACUAAGAAAAAAUUAUGCUUUUGUGUUUACUUCAUGGGUGCUUCAUGGGUCCUGGGGGCGGCAGGGACCCAAUGGCCCGGGGCGCCAAAUUUUUAAAUACGCCUCUGACUGUUAAGGCUUGAAGGAUAUACUGCUGACUUAAACAAUAAAGUAGCAAAUAAAGUUUAAAGGUUAUAAAGUCAAUGCUGCCAUAUUUGGGUAAAUCUCACAUCAAUUGGUUAUAGAAGACAUAGGCACGUGUAGGCUUAAGUACAUCGGUUAAAAUUAGCCCUAUUUAUUUCUUUUCAUACUGCCAAAGAAACUGAUAGAGCUAGAUUUCACAAUUUUGUCAAACGAUUGAAAAGUCAAUGUGAUCAGUAAGUAGUGAUAACAAUGACUGCGGAAUAAACCGUUUUUGCUCAAACACCACGCUUCAACUGAUACUGAAUAAAUUAUUAAGACUAACCUUCAUUUAUGAAUUUUCUACUUGUUGUUUUGUAUCUACACUCAAUGAUACUUUAUAGACUUCGAUGUUCUAGUGACGGAAAAAUA